AAGUUAAAAUUGACAAACCUCAGGGACGAAAACAGAAAUUUACUCUAUUGAUAAUUAUUUAAUCUUUGUUAUGUGAGAUAUAAAAACCAACUGAUUUAGUUCAUACAAGAACCAGCCUUCUAUCAUCUACAAUGUCUACCCCUGCUCAGUAUUAUAAUUCCUUACCUCCUGUUGCAAAGACGUAUGCAACCGUCUGUUUAGUGAAGUCUUUGGGUCGUCAUCUUCAGCUUUACAGUCCCACGAUUUUAGCUCUCUCUUAUGAAGACGUGUUUAAGCGCUUUCAGAUUUGGAGGCUUAUUACAAACUUCAUCUUCAUCGGAUCGUUCUCUUUUACUUUCGCAUUUCGGCUGUUCAUUAUAUUAAAAUACGGAGUUCAGUUAGAGAGGGGUCCUUUUGACAAGAGGACUGCAGAUUACGUAUGGAUGUUUUUCUUCGGAGCAUUCUCGCUACUGGCGAUAUCUGCCAUUCCAUUUCUUUGGUCUCCGUUCAUGGGGGCCUCGUUGGUUUUCAUGAUCGUUUACGUCUGGAGUCGUGAGCUCCCUAACACCCGUAUUAACUUUCACGGUCUCGUGGAGUUUAAGGGGGUCUAUUUACCUUGGACCAUGCUUGCUAUUGAGUUGGUGCUCGGAAACCCGUUGAUACCGAGCUUAUUAGGAAUUGGGGUUGGCCAUUUGUAUUACUUCUUAACAGUUCUUUACCCUCUUGCUGGCGGCAACGAUAUCUGCAAGACUCCAUUUUGGGUUCACAAGCUCGUAAAGCGUUGGGGCCGGGGGUACCAAAUAAAUAGUCCGGUUAAGCAGAACGAGUCAACCGGGGGUGCUUUUCAAGGUAGAAGCUACCGCGUUGGUGGAACCUCAACCGCUAGAGACCCAUCAAAUUUAGGAGCUUUUAGUGGCAGGAGCCGUCGUCUAGCUGGACGCUAGCUCGUGAAACUUUAUGUUUUAGUUUGAUAACAAGAAGCCUAUUAAUCACUAUGUACUUCACUCUUGAUGUUCUCAUGUACUUGUUUUAUAAAAUUAUUGUGGUAUAAUUCUUAUAAAUUUCAUAAAAUUUUCAAACUUA